AUGUCAUCGGACGAUACCCCUACUCGUGAUGUAGGUCCAUUGGCAGUACUUUGCGUCGUCUGCCUCUCGCACAACCGCGCCGGCGCAGCCGUCAUCAUCUGCCACCCAUGGACCUCUAUCAAGGAGCAAUCCCCUGCCAACUACGUCCAGGUAUUGACGGACGCUGGAUUUACCUGUCUUACCUACGAUUCCGCAUACCAGGGUGAGUCCGAGGGCCUGCCUCGAGGCCUUGAGGAUUGUGCCCAGCGCGUGGAAGAUAUCAAGUCGACUGUCACGUACCUCACAGGACGGAAAGACGUCGACUCCAACAAGAUCGGCGUCCUCGAUAUCUGUGCGUUGGCCGGAUAUGCAUCAUUCGCAACCAGACCGACCUGCGCAUCAAAAAGCCUGUGCAACAUCUGCCGCCGUCUACGCGGGCACCAUGAGGUCACAGCCAAGGACCGCGACAGCGAUGGCACGGCUGAGAAAGUGCCCAUUGUCUUCAUGUUCCCUGACAAGCCUGACGCGGCGGGCUCUAAGCUAGUGGAAUACUUUGAAAAAGAGCUUUAG